UCUAAAACACGUGCAGAAGAAAAAAUUACGGAACACAAACCCGUAAUUUAUUGGUGGUAAGGAAGUAUGCGGAAUCUAGGAUACUCCACAAUUAAAAAAGGUGUGGCUAGUACCAAAUUGGAGGAGAAAGAGAUGCACAUACACAUUCCGUCCAUUUCUGAUGCCCUCGACAGCAAAGGGAGCAAAUUCAAGGUGUUUGAUAUAUACGUUAACGGGCUUUAUCACGGCUCAGUUAGGUAUAGCCAACUACUCGAUCUACACAAUGAGGUAAAGGUUAAGUACAGUUCUGCUACUAUAGUGGAUUUCCCAGCCAAAGUGUUUAUGAUAAGCGAGGCACAGCUCCAUGAGAGACGGAGAAUGCUUGAAAGAUACGUCCAUUGCUUGGCUCAGGAUAGAAACAUAGGCAGCAGCGACAUGUUCCAAGACUUCAUGUUAUCUUGUCAACAAAUAUCGAGUGGUGAGGAAGACAAGGAGGUGGAGAUUGACGUGUAUCUUAGCAACGAGAAAAGCAAAAAGAUUAAGUUUUCUUCUUUCGACAGGUCACCUCACGUCCUAGAAGCUACUUGUAAAUCAAUCGGAGUAUCGGAAGAUUUGACACAUUAUUUUGGAUUAUUCAUGGAAUACUCUAUCCCUGGAGAUAAAUGGAAAACAUUGCAUUGUCUCAGUGAUUUCCAGUGUCCAUAUCUCUCACUGUGUGCAGCCAAUCGAAGUGAAGACUACAAGUUUAGACUUACCAUCAAGAAAUGGUUCUUCAGUCCAAAGUUCCUCACAGAUUGUUUAUCCGACAGUACUGCAUUGAACAUGAUCUACAUUGAGACUAUAAGGGACAUUGACACUGAGACACUGACAGUACCAGACUCCAUUAAAGAUAAACUUGUGUCUCUUAAGAAAUCUGGCAAGAGAAAAGAAUUUAUAGAGACACUCUCCUCCCAGCCUACAUGUUUGUUUGGUUAUAAUUAUUGUGAGGGACUUCUUUUUAACGAUCAGAGUACAUCCAGUGCUCUAGCAGGUGGAACUAAAAUUGUAUUGAAAGACAUAGAGAAAGUGUAUCCCAUUUCUAAAAUGAGGUGCUGGAAAGUCGGAGUACUUAGAGGUAACAGGGAACAUUUCUUUUCAUUUGAGUAUGAGUACUCUCAUCAAAAGUUUGUUUGGGUCGUCCUAAAGGGCGUGUCCACAAUACUACUGGCCCAGUCCAUCACUCGUGCAGUGGAGGAGUUCCUGGUCCUUAGCAAGAACAAGUCAAUUAGAAAACCUAGUGAGAACUUGUUUUCAAGACGUCCCGAGAGACCCUUCCCCUCAUUUGAGCUGACCUUAGGUCCACCAGCUGGCGAGGACAUUCACAUGGCAGCAGCUGCUAGUGAUAGUCAGAGCCCGUCCAUUGUAAGGACUGAAUCACAAUCAUCAUCUAAAGAUUCUGAAGUAAGCACAGAUUCUGAAGAAAACAAUACAUCAAAUACACGAGCCGAUAUUCACGUGACCACACCCACUGUCACGCCCACAACUAGUAAUGAAAGUCCAUCACUAGGAGGAGGAGGAGGAGGGACUUAUGUAACAUCUGGUUCUAGCAAAAAAACAAAAUCCUCGGGAAAUAAGAAGUCUUUAGUUCCAAAUUAUGUUAAAUCAAAGAAAAAGGACGAGGAAGAGAUUGCGUUUAAUCCAACAUUUCUAUCAGAUGCUGAUUUGUAGCAGCUGGGACCCACCCUCACUCCAUUAAAAGCAAUUUGUAAUUCUUAUAAAAUAUUAUGUACAUGAUGAUCUGUUGGUAGUAAUUUUUAUAUUCUUUUAUUGUCACAAUGUAAGUCAACAUGUUUUUGACUUUAGAAUUUCAUUGUUUUAAUUUUUUGUAUGAUUAAUUUAUAAAACAUG